UUCUCAUCUGGUCUCUUGUUCUUAAUCCGCUUUCAUUCGAGCUGUACGUGAACAUGGCAGAUGCACCGAUAUUGGCAUCACCUCUCCCUACAAACCGCGUGCACUCUGAUCACUUUCCAGAGCCUGUACAAUCCGUAAGAGCAUAUUACGAGCCAAAAUCAACCUCGUCAGCUUAUUCCUCCCCAAGCGUUCCGUUAUACGCAGAAUCAUCUCCGCCAUAUAAAAAUGAUAAGAAAACUCACAUUUUCGGACUGAGAAAGAGCACAUUUUGGUUGUUGGUGGUGGUAGGCAUUCUUGUAGUACUGGUCACCGUCGGUGGAAGCGUAGGGGGAACACUGGCUGUUCAGAGUCGGAAUAAAGAGCCACCACAAACUGCAAGUACUGCUAGUCCAACUAGCUCGCUCAACUCUACGACCCCCUCGUCAACUACCUCCUCUUCGAACGACCGCUACACGCCCCCUGCGGCACAGGACGUGGCCUUCAUCGAUAUCAGCUGUCCUGCGAACAACAAGGUGGUAUCGUCUAAUGGAGUAUCAUACACAUGUAUCAGAGGGAAGAACGUGGGAGGACAAGAUGUAAUGGCAAUGGUGGCAUUUUCUCUCCAACAGUGCGUAGACGCCUGUCGCGAGAUGAACAAACUAUCGAGUUCUACAGAAGAGCCUUGCAAAGGGGUAAUUCUGGCGGAAGACCUGAAGGAAAGAUACAUCAAUGGCAAUAGAGCUAAUUGUUGGCUGAAAUCUUCAAUGCAAAAUGCCGUAGACUGCACGGAAUGUGUGAUGGCUGUGCAGGAAUAGAUGGAGAUUGUAUUUUUUUGAUCGAAGCCUAUCGAAUCGAUUUCUAAUACAAGAAGUUUUUAAAUGAUAGAUUAUGGAACUUACGCAUCGAUAGAUCAUACGAGCAACUCGAAAGAGCGUCGAGAAUAAGUUUAUCGAGUUUUGCAUUUCGCGUCCGUUCGUGAAAAGCCCCUGGGCACUUUAUAUUGCAUCAUCGCAUUUCUGUGCUGAACAAGCGCUUGGUGUAUUCAAACAUCACACGAUAAAACUGCCACCGAGCUUCAGGCAGAAUACAUGUUCCUGUAGCAAGACACAAUCCGACUAUUAACACAGUUGAUAAGCCCUAGCUGAUCAUUUCAUAUGGUAUAUUUUGACGAUAUAUUCUCUCAAAAAAGCCAGUUGGAUUACUCGAUGAUGUCGGCUAUGAUAAAUCAUGUUUAAGAGACAUAGCUUCAUGCGGCCGGGAAUUCUUCACCGGUAAGGAUGGUUUACCGAGGGCGGGGAAGGUACAUAUGUUUAUAUGCAAGUGUGUCAAUGCUGACUACUCACGGUUCAGCCUUGCUCGUAUACCUCGACCACAGAAGAUCAGGCCCCGACAACUCACCUUGAACGACGAACUAUGGCUU